UUUCUUGUUAGAGACAUUAAGAUUAUUUAAGAUUUCUUGUAUUGAGUGUUUAGACAGAGAUUCCUUAUUAUAUUUUUAUAUGGAUAACAAAAUUAAUUGCUGCUUUGUAAAUAAUUAUGGAGCUUGUUAUAAACAAUCAUAUACUCAAGAAAGAAAUCUGAUUGAAGAUAUUGACAGCAAUGAUCGUAAGCUACUUGAAAAACGAACAAAUCUGAAACAAGAAGAAAUUACUAAUAUAUGCACACACCAACAAUACCAUGUUAAAUUACAUAACUUUCUUUUUAAGCAUCUCUACGUGUGAUUACAAUGCAUACUAUGUUAGAAGCAGAAACCAUAGGUUUAAAUUUUAUACCUGAAAAAAAACUGUGUCCAACCUGUGAAGUCAAGUUAUGACAUGUUUAUCAAAAAGUAUAAGUGAAAAUAAAAAUGAUGAAGAUUUUCAUAUUGUUAAUAAAAGAUCCAUUCAAAAUAAAAAAGAAAGUGUAGAUACACACUUUGCAUUUGCCAGAGUAUCUCCAAUUAAGGUCAACGGAUUGCACAAGUCAGGUAAAAUCAGAGAAGGUAAACGAAAAUUGACUGCAUUAACAACCUCCAUUAAAAAAAAGGUAGCCAUUUCCCUAAAUAUAUCAGAAGAAAGUUUUGAAGAACAGUCAAGUUUUAAAAAUGAGUAUAUAGAAGAAGCGAACUUUUUUGAUAACAUAAUGGUAUUGUUAACUAACAAAAUUGCAGAGUCUACAUCAACAUCAAAAAAAGUACAACUUGCGACACUUGCUCCAACAGACUGGUCAAUAAAAAAGGUAUCUGAAACAUUGCAUGUAACAAACUAUGUAGCUCGAACUGCAGGUAAGUUAACAUUAGAAAAAGGUAAUUUAACCAAGCCUAAUCCUGAAUUAGGAAAAGCUCUUCCUGAUGUAACAGUUCAAUUGGUCAAGACCUUUUCCGAAGACAAUGAACAUAGCCGUUUAAUGCCUUGUAAAAAGGAGUAUGUAAGCAUAAAGAAAAAUGUCUACAUGCAAAAACGUUUGCUCUUAUGUAAUUUAAAGGAGUUGUUUGUUGCUUUUAAAACCAAAAGCCCAAAAAUAAAAAUAGGAUUUUCAAGGUUUUGCACUUUGCGACCAAAAUGAUGUAUUACUGUUGGUGGUUCAGGAUCACAUUCUGUAUGCGUCUGUGCUAUUUAUCAGAGUUUAAAACUGCUUUUACAUCCUCUUGGUGUGACAUACAUUGAAAAACUUUAUGAUAUACUUGGAGUAUUUGAAAAUUAUGAUGAGAUUGAAUUUAAUCAAUGGACAACAACAGAUAGGUCAAACUUGACACAUAAUAAAGGGCCAGUGUUUGAAUACAUUGAGCUAGUAUGUAGAACACUGGAAAAACUUGCACCACAUUCGUAUUAACAAAGAGUCAAGCAUUAUACCUGAGAUCAAUAAAGGAAGAUACGUUUAGGUAACAACAUAGUUUCUUGUUGGUUUUUCAGAAAACUAUAAAUUUGUAAUUCAGGAUGAAGUGCAAAGCUUUCAUUUAACCAAUUGACUAUGUACACUUCAUCCAGUGAUUAUUUAUUUCAAUAAAGAAGGCAUUCUCAAGCACAACUCCUUUUAGAUUAUUUCGGAUGAUGUGAUCCAUGAUGUGAACAUGGUUUAUAAAAUUAUUAAGGUUGUUUGCAAUGAUAUAAAAGCAAGUUUGCCUCAAAUAAAAUAUAUUAAAGACUUUUCAGAUGGGUAUGCAGGUCAAUAUCUUGUGAAGAUUUUGGUUUUACUGCUAAAUGGAACUUUUUUGCAACUAGUCACGUUAAGUAACCUUGUGAUGAGAAAGAUGGUACAGUCAAACAUCUGGCAAAACUAGCAAGUUUGCAAAGAAGUAUAGAUAAUCAUGUUUUUUCUCCACAAACAAUGUAUAAAUAUUGCAAUGAAAACAUUGAAGGCAUAAAUUUCAUAUAUAUUUCAUCAGAAGUUUUAACUUUGGUGAGAACCGCUCUUAAAGAACGAUUGGAUACUGCUAAUACAACACCUGGAACACGUAGUUCCCAUCAGUUUGUACCACUUGGCCAUCAAAAGGUAGGCACUAAGCUAUGCAGUGUUGAUGAAGAAUUUGCUUUAAUUUAUGACUUUGGAAAUAUCCAGAUAAUAACUGUAAACCUAAUUCCAGGUGAUUAUGCCUGUGUUUUCUAUGAGCAAAAGUGGUGGAUAGGAGUCAUUGAAGAUAUUAAUUAAGAAGAAAAAGAUGUGCUUGAAAAUUUAGGUGUUCUCAUGGUCCUGCGCGGUCGUUGAAAUGGCCACCAAAAGAAAACCAAUGCUGGAUUCCUGAUGUCCACAUUAUUUGCAAAGUUGAGGUACCGAUUACAAAAACAGGACUUUGCUACUAUUUAGCCAAAGAGGACUUAAAAAAUAAUAUUUUCCUGAGGAAGUAGAAAUUUUUAUAUUUAUGAGUCUAUUA